AGAUGGCUCCAAGGAGUGACUGGUGAAUGGUUUGAAGAAAUUCAAAGAAAAAAGUUUUGCAAUGAAACAGAUGUUAGCCAAAUGUUAAAACAACCCCUUACAUAUAGGCUAAGGAAGGGGAUGGCGGAAAAUGAUCCUAUGGAAUUACGAACAUCAAGAUUUAAAAAUAUACCUACUCAAAGAAACCCAACAUCCAGUCCUUCCCGACUGGGCUUCAGACCAUCCUUUGCUUCCCUGUUCUCAUUCAGAAAAUCCAGGAAGGAGACUUCAAAGCUUCAGUCUCUGGGACAGAAAGGAUAUGAUGGCCAUGCAAGACCUCCUGUGUCUGUGAGAGGCACUGCUGUGCAGGCAAAACGAUACAAUUCACCUCUGGAAAAUCAACCAGUUGACAGUACAUUUGUCCCCAAGCCAGCAGGCAUGAAGGAGGGAAGUGGCAUGCCUUUGUGGGAGGCUUCCGUGCUGGAGAAUGAGUUUUUCCAAGUUUUAGAUGAUUUGGAUAACACUCUGGCUCUGGAACAGUCUUCAAGCUCAGUGAAUACAAGAACACCUCUUACCUAUGGGUCAAGAACACAGUUCAGUCCUUUUUACUCCAGUGGGAACAGACAUAGUAAUACCACAGGAAGACACAAAAGUCACUCUAAUGGAACUUCUAAUAUGUCUGUCUAUGACAUCCUAAGACCAGGAACCCCUAGAGAAGGUUUUAGAACCUUUUCUCCUAGAACAAGGACAAUUUAUGAUAUGUACAGGACAAGGGACCCCAGAGUCUUCAAAAAAGAUUAUAUGCAAAAGAAUACUUUUGGUAGUACUUCUCUGUGUUUUGACAGCAGGCAACGAUUAGCCUCACCAGCUACAGGGCAUUUCACAGCAAGAAGUAUACAUUUUCCAGCCACAACCCACAAGAGUGAAUUUAUACCACCAAGCCACCAGCAGAGUCCAAAGAGAACUCCUUUAUCGUCCAUUGUAUGGAAUAGAUCAGAUUCUUCUAGAGAUAGGCCAAACCAGGAAGGGUUCCUAAGGGUACCAUCCCCAAUGGAAAUUGACCAUGCCGACCAGUAUAUGUAUCCCAGGUGUUUUCAAGAGAAUAGGAGAUAUGAAUUUUGUCGUUCACAGAGUAUUUACCAAAAUGUAAGUUUAAAUUCCCCCAUGGAUAGCGCAGUGAGUCCUGACCCAUUUGAGAACUCAGAGAAUAUGCCAUUCUACCAUCAGGACAACCCAUUUGCUAGGUCUUUCUUUAGCAAUACCUUUGGACGAAGCAGGGAACAGAGAUUUAGACAAAGUUAUUUUGGGGGCCAACAGGAAGAACAUUAUUUCUGGCCUGGAUUUCAGCAAAACAGGAAACUCUUCACUUCUUCUGACAGAGACUUUGAAAUGACUUCCAUUGAAACAAAUAGUGCAUCAGCUGGUCAUGGUCGCAGUGUGUUUUCUCAACACUGGGGAUCAUUUUCACCUAGAUACAGAACAAAUAUUUCCAGAAACCAAAAAGAGCCACAUCCCUGGCAGUGUGAUCCUCAGACAUCCACACUGGAGAGCAUGGAGGUGUCACAAGGUAAUGGGAACCAGAUGACUCAUUUUGACACACCAAAUAUUUUCUCCAUGGUUGGUUCAAGCUAUCACAUCAAAUCUAGUGGAUCAGAAUGUCAACAAGAUAGUUCUCCUAUAGAUGUACAUGUAAAAAAAGAACCUUACUCAUUUAGAACUGCUCAUACUCUAGCAUCAUCAUUCAAAACUUCCUUCUCCCAAAUUGCUGAUGACAAAGAAAAUCACCAGGGUCCCAGCUUUCAGAAUCCCACAGUCACUUGGCAGGAAAUUAAGCCUGCCUCUCUUCCAAUAAGAAGAUACACCAAAGUCACUGUGACCGACAAUGAUUCAGUUGAUUCUCCACCUCAAAGCCAACCCAAUACUUUGGUCACAGAAGUGAAUAAUGAGCAAGACUUGAAUAAAUAUAUUUUGGAAAAAGACAAAAAACUGAACAAGAUGGACCAGACAAACACUACAAGUGAAAUGCCCCAAUCUGUUUCAGAGACAGCGAUCUCCACCCCUUUAGCUGAUUUUCAAAGUCCCCUUUCCCAAGACUCAGUCAAGACCAACAGAUUUGUUUUUGAUGCAUCUACCACAAUAAGUUCAAAAAAGUCACCCAGGGUCAUUUCCAGUAAAGAUAUCUCCAAAAUUGAUAUAUCACAGAGAGAUAAGGCCAAUGAACUAAAAGAAGAUAAGAGUUACACUGAAAACAGAAAACUUGCCCCAGCAAUUUCCUUUCCUUUUAUUCAGGAGAGCAGAACACCAUCAUCGUUUCCCAACCCAAAUCAAGGUUGUCACCAAGAAUUUACCGUAAGUAAUGAAGAUAUUUUAAGCACUAUUGAAAAUAGCCACUGGCGUUCUGAACCUACAGGUAAUCCAAAUGCACAGUCUCCGGAAAAGUCUGCUAUUUUAGAUAUCAAGGAAGAACAAUGUACCACAAUUUAUUCUAUCAAUGGUAGCAAGAAAACUGCUGGCCACAGUAUCCCAUGUGAUUCUUUAGAUCUGCCAUCAGAUACAGUACUGGAUUCUUCACCAUUAAAUAAUUUUUUUCUUGGUGCUCUGGUGGUUCCUUCUACUACAGUGGUCUCCAGAGAAAGUCUUUCAGGCAAAGAUCCAUCUCUGGGAGAAAGAGAAAAAAAAGACAAUAACAGCAAACAUCAAAAUCAGUUUACCCUGAGCCAAUCAGAAAAUGAAAGCAGUGAUGCUAGUUGUGUGUCCGUGCAUAAUGAAGUGGCUGAUGCCAAAUGCCAUUCAUAUCCUCCCUUCAGGGCUGUAAAGGGAAAAGGAAAAAUAAGACAACAUAUAUCCUGUAUUGAAAAGCUGAGCAAAACAGAAAGUACAUCAGCACCCAUCAGCAGCAGCAGUAGCCUCAUUGAGGUGAAUGCAAGUGAUUCCAAGGCUCCUGCGCACCACACAAUUUAUUGUACCUUACCAGGAAAAGCAACCAGUUUUCUCAUUAAUAGCAGGAAGUCAGAAAGUAAAAUAAUGGCUCCUUCAUUUAAGAAUGAACCACUUUCACCCCAAAUUGAAAGUAAGGUGGAAGAUCUAAUGGGGAAGGACACAUCAAACAAAUCCAGCUCUAGUUCUUCUGAGUCAGAAAGCAGAUCUUCCAAAGUAGUUUCAGACUCCGCUUCAGUAGUGCCUGAAGCCACAGAGAAGAUGACCAAUAUGACAAACUCUGGGUCUGCUUUCAUUAGAGAAGGACCACUUCCAUUCCUCAUCAAGGCUCUGUCAUGUCCUUCAGGAGUACCAUAUGCCUCACUUGGAAGAGAUGAAAGAGAAAAAUGCUUGGUCUCAGACAUGGAUGCUUCUGAUAUAACACUAAGACCUUGGGAGAAAAACAUUAACCCUCUGGAAAGUGCCUCACCUGUUAGGGAUUGUUCUUUAAGCAAAAGACACCACCAAAAGGAUCACAUUCAAGAAUGCACUGAAAAGGAUGAUAAAAUUGCUGCCUCUGAGACAGCAAAUGAAGCUCCUUUACCUUUUUCUUCAGAUAUGUCAGGGGAAAAAAGUGGGAAAACAUUACAUAAAUUUAAGACCACUAGUAUGCUUUCUGUUUCUGGUGAUAAAGAAAAUGUCAAGUGUCUUGAGAUAGUUUCAAUAUAUUACACUCUACCAAGGAAACACAGCAAAAAAUUCUGUAACCUCCUUCAAAAGUAUACUCAAAAUAUCGAUUCACUUACAGAAUCUCAAGUGGAAACUGAAACAUUUCCUAAUGCUUUAGGAAAAGAGAAACUCAAUUAUUCUCCACAAGAGCAGUCAGGAAUAUCUUCAUCUGAAGAUCUAAAACUGCUGGUCAGCUCUGUGCAGGGAAAUAGUAGUUGUCUUUCUCACAACACUGAAAAUGAGCCUGUUUUACAAUCACCAAGUAUUGGGCCCUCAGCACCUACACUACAGGAAGUGGCUCCUGUUGAGGCAGAUGUUUCUCUUCAUAAAGGAGAAUCUAAAACUAGAGAGAUUUCUCUAGAUAAAUUAGCUGAAACACCUCUAGGUAAUUCACAAAGCAGAAAAAAGAGAGGGAAACAACUACAAAGUGAAACCCUGCAUACUUCAUCCAUGCAUCAGGAAAAAAAGGUCACAAAAAAGAAAUCUGAAAUUCGUCAGCACUCCAUUAAAUUAGCUAACAGUGGUCUUUCUAAUCCUCCAGCCCAUUUAGAAGGUAAUAUUGAACAUCCUCAAACCAGAAGAAGUUCUGGGGAGUGUGCAGGUAGUGGUAUAGCUAUUGCAGCUACUGGAAGUGCCAAGUGGCUUCAGAAAGAUAUCACAGUUAUAGCUAAAGAAGACAGUUCUAGUGGAUUGCAGCCUAGGGAAGUCAAAGGAGCAGGUUUCCCAAAUAAGACUGAUAAAGCACUUUCUGACUCAGAAAGCCAAGUCUUUGCUCUUACUCCAGCUUUGCAUAAACUACAUCUUGACGAGGAGAUUUGUUCAGGUGAACGAGAUUUAGAUAGUUUGCAGUCUGAACUCAGAAAACUACCUCAAAGAAGUCAGGAGGUAAAUCUGACAAAGAAGGGCAAGGCUAAAGAUGAAAUGAAGAGAUCGGCACGGGAUCAACUCUCACUUCCUACAGGAAGCAACGAAAAUAAAACCAGCUUGGAUGACCUAGAAAAAAGGAAAAACAGGUCUUCAGUUAAACACCGAUUGGCAGCUAUGCCCAAAGCAAGCAGAAAAGUUCCAGCUAAAGAUUUAAGUACCAGAAGACAUGUAGCUACUAUCUUCCCCCAAAGUGGGAUCAGCUCUGGCUUCGGUGGUUUAUCUCUUGGCACACCAGAGUGCAACCCACUGUCCCCUCAGCCUGCUCCAAAGUCCGCAGAAUCCACAGAUGAGGGCAGGUUGAAUAAUGAUGGAAUGGAUGUGAAGAAAUCAGAAAACUCUUUACAGGCUACUAUAAUUUCUGACAGAGAAGCUUCUAUAUGCUUUAGCAAUCAGAAAUCUAACAUUUCACAACCACAUCAGAAUGAGUUUAAAAAUAUCUCAGAAUCACCACCAAAGUAUGAGAAUUCUAAAGAUGUAACAGUAGCUCAGAUUUUGGAAAGAAAGUCAGGAACCCUUGCCCAACCCACAUUCACCAGCCUCAGGGAAGCCGAUAUUUCUGGCCAUCAGAGGAGGCUGAACCCUCAUCUUCCAUUGGAGCCUGCAGAGAAAUCUGCAGUAAGGAUCCCACUGGCCAGUUGUCAGCAACAACAAAGGAGUGCUGCAUUUCAGGAGUGGAUACCUGAGCCACACCCCUAUCGUUCAAAGAGUUUAAAAAGCACUAAUGUGCAUGGCAAUCUGCUACGUAAAAGUCAUCCUCCAAAAGCCAGGGAGCGCCAUUGUUCUGAAAGCACUUCCAUUGACAAUGCCCUGACCCGCCUGACCCUUGGGAAUGAAUUCUCUAACAAUAGUGAGUACAGUCGAAGAUUUAAAUCUUUUUCUGAGCUUUCCUCCCGUGAUGAAAAUGAAAGUUGGGCUUUGUACAGCGGCAUGAUGGAAACAGGUCCCAAGUCUGCAACAUCUAUAUCCAGACCUAUUGACUAUGGGAUAUUUGGGAAAGAACAGCAGUUGGCUUUCUUGGAGAAUGUAAAGAGGUCACUCACACAAGGAAGGUUAUGGAAACCAAGUUUUCUGAAGAACCCUGGCUUCUUGAAAGAUGCUGUAAUUCACCCUCCUAACCCAGCAGAGUCAUGGAGUUCAGAUUCUCCUAGCAAUCAGACACCAGAUGAUGGCUUAUCUCCAAAUGUACCACUUAACAUCUAUGAAGAGGAUCCAGUAGACUCAGAUUGUGACACAGACACAACCACAGAUGAUGAAUAUUACUUGCAUGAAAAUGACAAAGAGUCAGAACUGUGAGGCUUUUUCAUAACAUUUCUUCCAAAAGCUUGUAAUGGAAAUACAGUAUGUGUGUGUCCAUGGGAAGGACAGAUACAAAUAUCUAUUUGGGCAGUACCUGCCCUAAAGCAACCCAUAUUCUUUUUUUCCCCUCCAGUG